AUGCUUCCCUUCCGUUGUAAUACCUCCUGCGCCGUUUCAAGCGCAAUCACCUCUGGCCUUCAUAAGUGGGGCCAUAUUUCCAUUUUUGCAACACCUCAGAUCGUCCUCACUACACACGGCCGACUACACUUCAACUAUACACCUUCAGCAUCGCUCCAUUACUCGUCUUCCAAGCUCGAGAUGCCUGAGAGACAAGGCAAAGAUGGGCGUCGGCCAGAUCGCCGCCGAGGUGGAGGAGCAGGAGCAGGAGGCCGCGGUCGCGGCAACGGUGGUUCAAGAGGAUCCUUUCGAGGCAGCAGACGCGGCGGCCGUGGUGGCGGCAGUGGUAACAGCAGAUCAAACCACGACAGCGAUUCUCCCAUGGCCAUGGAUAUUGACGUCACGUCCACGUAUACGCCGCCUCCUGCGCAGUUGGGCGGUGGUGGUGCCGAUGGCUCAUACAAGCCACCGCUGACAGAAGCUGUGCCCCUCGACACGCCGCGUUUCGCGGACCUCGCGGGCCAGAACCUGGUGCACCCCCAAAUCAUCCAGACAAUCACCGAGGAUCUCAAGUUUGACCACAUGAUGCCGGUGCAGGCCGCGACGCUGUGGGAGCUGCUGCCCCCGAAGCGCAGCGACUGCCUGGUGCAGGCCAAGACGGGCACCGGCAAGACGGUCGCCUUUUUGCUGCCGGCUCUGCAGACUAUGCUAAGCAAGACGCGCGGCGCCGGCGCGGACCGCGACUCGGCUAUUUCGCUCCUCGUCAUCUCGCCGACCCGCGAGUUGGCCAUGCAGAUUGCGACAGAGGCUAACAACCUGCUGCAACGGCUUCCCAACUACCGCGUGCGCGUCGCUAUUGGCGGCACCAACAAGGACCGCGAGGAGCGCCAGAUCCUAGACGGCUGUGACGUGCUCAUUGCCACGCCAGGCCGCCUCAUUGACCACAUGUCCAACGAAGACAUCAUCUAUGCUCUGCGGUCUCUCGACACUCUCGUCCUGGACGAGGCGGACAGGCUGCUCGACAUGGGCUUCAUGCCCGCGCUGCGCGAAAUCGUCGGCAAGCUGCCCGACCGCAAGGCGCACCCGCGCCAGGGUAUGCUCUUCUCCGCCACGAUUGCGCCGCACGUCAAGCAGGUUGCUGGUCUCGUCCUCGUGCCCGGCUACAAGUUCAUCUCUACCAUCCCCGAGGGCGAGGCCAACACACACGAGCGCGUCCCACAGCACCUCAUCAAGGUCCCCAGCUUCGCUUCCGUCUCUGCCGGCAUGGUGGGCGCCGUGCGCCAAGAGGCCGCCAGGGAGGCCAACUUUAAAGCCAUCGUCUUUGCCCCGACGGCCGCCGCGGCCGGCCUUUACGGCCACGUGCUGUCCCAGAUUCCCGGUCUGCCGCCCGUGUCGACGCUGCACAGCCGCAUGACACAGAACCGCCGCACAAAGGUCACAAACGAGUUUCGCGAUGCCAAGUCGGCCAUUCUCACCGCGACCGACGUCAUCGCCCGUGGCAUGGAUUUCCCCGGCGUCACCACCGUCUUCCAGGUCGGCAUUCCAUCGGAGAAGCAGAGCUACAUCCACCGCCUCGGUCGCACUGCGCGCGCCGACGCCGAGGGCAAGGGCAUAUUCCUCAUUGCCGAGGCCGAGGCCUUCUUCCCGCGGUGGACGCUCAAGGAGAUUACCUUUGUGCCCCAAGAGGCCGAUCUCUCGGCGGCGCCCGAGGUGGACCGCAUCCUGGCGCAGAUGGACGAGGAGGAAAAGGGCCAGAUCUACAAGGCCUGGCUCGGCUACUACAACAACCACAUGAAGGGCCUGCACUGGGACAAGGAGGAGCUGGUCCGGCAGGCCAACACUUAUGCGCGCGAGGCCCUGGGAGCGCCCGAGACGCCGCCAAUCCAGAGAAGCACCGUCAGCAAGAUGGGGCUGAGAGGAGUGAGGGGACUCAACAUUGUGCCAGACAGACCCAAGCCGCCAAGAGGCCAGGGAGGGCGUGGUGGCAAGUAA